AUGGCUACACGUGCCGCUCACAAGCGCUUGACAAAGGAGUACAAGAACAUUACAGAAAACCCCCCGCCGUAUAUCACCGCACAUCCUUCAGAGUCCAAUAUCUUGGAAUGGCACUACAUACUUGAAGGUCCCAAGGACACUCCCUAUGCCGGCGGCCAGUACUGGGGCACCCUGAUCUUCCCUCCCGACUACCCCUUUGCCCCACCAGCCAUCCGCAUGCACACCCCCAGUGGUCGCUUCCAGCCUUCCACUCGCCUCUGCCUCAGUAUAUCAGACUUUCACCCAAAGAGUUUCAACCCAGCAUGGGAAGUCAGCACCAUCCUCCUUGGCCUUCAGAGUUUCAUGACCAGUGAGGAAAUGACUACUGGUUCCCUCUCUGCAACUGAAGCCGAACGCAUUGUCUUCGCAACCCGCUCUCGCUGGUGGAACAGCACAGGAGGAGGCUCUUCCAACCGCACAAUCGCCGGCCUCGGACAACAAAGCAGUAACACCCGUGGCUUUGGCGCAAUCAGGGCAGGAGACGGCGGUGUGAAGUUCAAGGAAGAGUGGCCAGAACUAGACGAGGAGAACUGGCAGUGGAUGGAAGAAAACAAGAUCGAUCCGCAGACUGGCAAGGCUGUUGUGCCUCCUCCUGCCGCAAACACUUGCUCGCCCGAGACCAAUGCGCUGCGCAAACGCCCUGUGGGCAGUCAUCCUGGUCUGGGUGCUGUCGUCGAGGGCGGAAACGUCGCGCGCGAUGCUGGACAGAGUUGGCUGAGACGUAACAGGAUGUACGUCGUUCUGGGCCUCAUCUUUGGCUACGUCGUCUUAGCACGUGCCGUGGGCGAGCCUGCUGCUUGA